GCAACAUUGCCACAAAAACCAUGUUUCAUGUCUGAGUUUCAUUUAUGCCACGAAUUGGCCAACCAUGAGCGUAAAAAUUUCUCAGUUGAUGACAUGAUGUCUUACAUUCUCUCCAUUUCUGAAGCAGCUACAGGAUGUAGUUCCUUGCCAAAUUCUAUUCAUAUGUGCACAUUUCAUUAUCAUCAGUUUUGUAGAUUUAAUGAACAAGAUAAAUGUACCCAUUGCUGCAAGGUAAUAAAGUCACAUAAAAGGAAACGGUUCUGUCCAAAAUUGAAUAUUCCACAAUCAGCUUUAAAAUUGGUUGACUCAAAUUUGUUAGAAGGGUCUAUUUUGUGCAACUAUUGUUAUCAAUGUUUAUAUAGAUCAGGGAAUCUUGUCAAGGGUGAGGAAAGUCUAGAAAAACGCUUAGAAAUGUUGAGGAAUUUUGAAGUAGAACAUAGCCUAGAAAACAUACCACAAUUAGCUUUGCACCAGGUUUCUUGUAAGGUAGGUGAAUUGUUUCUGGAGAAUAAAUCUUCAUUACUUGUUGAUGCUUAUGAUUGUUAUGUAGAGAGUAUUCAGACACUUAUUAAGGAAUUUGACAGGAAGGAACAAAUUGACGAAGCUGAUGCUUUCUAUUUUCAAGCCAGAUGGCUAUUAGUUGGGUUAUUGAGUGAUCUGGGAAACUUUUUUUUAAUCCACAAAAGUUCAAGCAAAAGUAACAAACUAAGUUUUUUGUUAUACUAUAAAGAUGCUGAUUUAAUUGAAUCCCUUCAUUUAGCUUUAUAUUCUGCACGGUUAAACACUUACAAGCGGGAUCUUGAGUUAAAGUCUAUUCAGUCCAACAUCGCUUCUAUGUUCACAGAUGUAAAUCAAGACACAAUCAAUUCUUCUCUUUUAUCUUCUUUGAUGUACAUGAAUAGUCUAGUUCAUCAAGAAUCUUCCAAAUUCAUUGAUAAGUUUGUUCAGUGUCCAAGUUCCCUCCAUGAAAUUGACAUGUUGCAAAUUUCAAAAGAAAUAAACCCUAUUGUUUGGAACUUUAUUGUUGUAUUAACUAUGCAAAAGUCUGAAAUUCUUAUGUCUGAUUUUGAAACAUUUGAUAUGAAUAAACAUUAUUUAACAUUUCUUAAGAAUAAUUCUAGCCAUAGUUCUUCCAAGUUUUUGAGACGUCUUUUUGCUACUUUCCUUAUCUUAUUUAUUGUCUCUGACGGUCAGUGUAGUUAUCCUUUUCAUAUGAUUAAUUCAGAAUUAAUUCAUUCUUAUAGCCAGUCUACUGAUCUUAUGCAAUUGUUAAAUCGCCUUGGUGUAUGUUGUUCCAAUGAUUCUCAUAAAAGAUUUAUUUCUGGAAUGUUAGAUCAAUUGAGAUUAGAAGAUAAUCAUUAUAAUUUGACAGAAGGUUCUUUUACAGUAGCUUCUAUAGACAACAUCAAUAGUGGUAGUCCCCAUGCAGCUGUGACAGGUAGUCCCAGAGGGUGGAACGGUACAUCUAUUCAAGCCGUCCAACCAAAACCUAAAUCCCUUCUUAUUCCCAAGCCAAAUUCAUCUGUACAUAGUAGUGAAGAUAUCUCUGUAGGUAUAGGUAAUGUUACUGAAACUGAUGAGCCAGUAUCAAAGAAAAUCAAAUUAGUUUCAAAGUUUAGGCAAAGAAAAAGGUCACCAAAGGAAAUUGAUCAUAGUACUUUAUCCCUUACACCCCCAUCUUGUGUUCAGUCUAUAGUCCCUUCCACUCCAAUAUCCCUGACCUUCGAACAGUUUGGAAUAUCUGAAGAAGAAAUGAAAGAGUCUCAUAAAUUUAAUUCUGAAGUAUUACUUUAUCAAUUUGAAAGAUGUAUAUCAGAUUUGACAGAUUCUUCUCAUAAAUUACCCAGUUUGAAAUGUAAACUAUUUUUAGAAAGGGACCCUGUCACAGAAAAGUCUAAUAUUGCAUAUUUAUCUAUAAUGAAUGAAAAUGCUGACUGUAAGGAGACAAUGUUAAAAGCCCUUAAUUUCCUUCACACUUCAUUUAAUGUUGGCGUUGAUAUUGAAUAUUUAGUUGUUGUUGGGGAUGCAAAAACUUAUGACCACCUUCUCAAAUUAAAACAGGAGUAUGGCCCCGCUUUAAGUUGGUUGAUUAUUUUUCCGGGUGAUUGGCAUACAUUGAAAAAUUACCAGAAUGCAUUAAUGAAAGUUUAUUGGGAAGGAGGGUUGAAACAGAUCGCUUCAGGUAGAAUAAAAGGACAGACUUUACUUUCAGUUGGUUUAUGUAAACAUUUUAAGCGCACUCAUAAAUUUUUGCUUCAAGUAUGGGAGGCCUUAUACAGAUGUGAAAUUGAAGCUUUUCUAGAGUAUAGAAGGAAUAGUACUGACACUACUGAUCAAUGUUCAUCAAGUUGUUCUUUUUCAGCCCAGACUAUUGUUGAUAAGGUAAGGGUAUUUUUAGAAUCAGUACCGCACUUUAGUGACCCAGGUUUUGAUAGAGACAACUUUGUAAGAAGACAGGAAUUAUUGAAAAUGGAAUUAGAAGGUAUAGAAGAUGACUUCAAGGAGUUUUGUUCCACAGCAUGUGCCCGGGAUGAAGUAUUUUUGUUUUGGCACAGAUUUGUUCAUGAUGACUUUAUGGCAUAUAUUUCUCUUUUCAUAGCAAUUAGAUCAGGGAAUUGGAAUUUGCGUUUGUAUUCAUACAAAAUGAUGGCACCCCUUUUCCAUGCCUUUGACCAUGUAAUAUAUUCUAGAAUCAUUCCCUUGCAUCUUUGUGAUAUAUUGUCUUGUCCUGACCAUAUUCUCAGAUAUUUCCAAGAGGGGGGAUUUGUUACCAGUAUUAAUUCUGUUAAUUAUUCUAAUGUAGCUUUAGAUGAGAGUCAUGAAAUGUUGAUAAAUAGGGACACAAAAGAAGUUAUUACAGGGCCUAACAAAUUUGUAAUUGAAGAUCUUGUUCUGUUUUUACCAUAUCGAGCUAAAUUGAUUAAACAAGUUAAAAAACAAAUUCUUGUCAAAACAAAUUGUAGAACUCAAACUGAUCUUAGUCCGACUAUCAUUGAACAAGAAAGGCUGAAUAUUGUUUAUUAUGCAAAAAAAGUUGUAGAUGCCGGCAUUUUUUCUGCCCUUGUACAUGAUAGAUGUCUGUCCCAACCAUUUACAGGAGCUUCUAUUUCAGAUAUUCAAAGAGAAGACUUGCUUAAGUUUAGGGAAAUAGGUGAUGUUCUGCUGUGGAUCUGAGGAGGGUGACAGCUUUGUUGGUUAUUCAUAUCAUUUGGCGUGAAUUCAAUCAUAUCAUUUCACAUUAUUGGAAUUAUCAUUCUGGCCCAAAGAAUCGCCAGAUGUUUGGCAGUAAAUUGUUUGAUUCCAAGUAUUGUUUCCAAUUGGGCAUCAAUAUUUAGGCAUGACUUGUUUGUUUAAUAAAGUUUGGCUGGUAUUUAACA